UGUGCAUUUGUGGUGGAAAUCGCGGAAAGGAGAUCUGGUCACACAGUUGCAGCUCUGGCUGUUGCCUUUUAUUUUAAUCCGAGAUCUUCACUGUCCAGCGAUCGCUGUUGCCCAUUUAGACCGUUACUUGAGGUCAGAGGUCGCUCCCCACGUCGCCGGCCCCCCAAAGAACGCCCCCCAGCCGCAGAGGUCAUCGCCGGAGUCGUUGUUUUUGUCGCACCAACAGCUGCUGCUGGUGCUGGUGCUGCUGCUUCUGCUUCUGCUGCUGCAUCCCUGUGCCGAGGUGCGCGUAUGAGCUUAGUGUGUGUGUGUGUGUUUGGAGAAAUAGCCAGCAAAACAAAGGACGCUAAACAAGGGCGAAGAGGAAGAACCAAGAGAGAGCUUCCACUUCCACUCCCACUCCCAACCAGAACCAGAACCAGAACCAGAGGAGAGAAAGCAGCGCCCCGCCAGAGACAUGGAUGUGGAGGAGAACUACGAGAGCGCCGCCGAGACUCAGAUGCAGACUCAGCAGAAUAGCCACCAGAAUCCCCAUCCGCAUCCGCAUCCGGCUAUGGCCACCUCCGAUCAACAGCAAAUGCAGUGCGAGCCCCUCUUUGGGUUAACCACUAACACCACCACUACCACGAAUCCCAUGAUGGCCAUUCCGUUGCCAGCACCGCCGGGAGUCAUUCCUCAUCCAAAUCUCAGCCCGAAUGCGAAUGCGAAUCCGAGUCCCUCAUCCGCUUCCGUAACCUCAACCUCAAGCGCAUCAGCAUCAGCAUCUGCAUCUGCAUCCGCAUCGGCGUCCUCGUCCUCGUCCGCACCGGCCAUUAAGGGCCUGCCCACAAACGACUUCGAUAUCGACUCGCUGCUGUUGCAACAGUUCAGCUGCAUGGGCACCACGGAUCACGAGGAUCUGAUCAGCCAGUUCCAGAGCCUCAUGAACAACCAGAUGAACCGCGAGUCGGCCAGGUUCUAUCUGGAGAUGAGCAAUUGGAGUCUGCAGACCGCCGUGGGAUGUUAUCUGGACUUUUGCAGCCUGCAGUCGCUGCCCUCGAUGAAGAUCGUCCAGGGGAAGCAUCUCAGUGCCCAGCAGCAGGCCUUCCAGCUGCAGAACGACGGCACCGAGCGCUGGCCCAGCAACUGCUAUCUGACCUCGCCCAUCCAGACGCAGCGCAUCAAUGUGCCGGCCCUGCGACCCGGGGAGACCUGUGAUAUCCUGGCCGAUCUGAUGCCCACCCAGCCGCCCAUCAUGUGGCGACUGUGCACUCCAAACGGCUGGUACUUUGGCGAUGCCAUUUGGAUGAUACCGCCGGGCACGCAGGCCAGCCAGGAUGAACUGCAGCAGAGGAUGGUCCAGCUGAUCACAACGGAGGCCAAGCCGGAUGUAUAUCCGCAGAUGAACAUCGUGAUAACGGCGCACACUCAAUGAACGCCAAACGAGAGACGACUUGGACUUGGAGUGCAGACAGCAGACCAGGAUAUCCAGGACAUCCUCUCCUUCUCCUGCCAGCUCAAUGUGCGGGGUAGUACACCACAACAGAAGCAUCAUCGAUAGCAUUUCAUGCCCCGCGAACUGUAACAUUUACGAUAUGACUAGCCCUUAGUCCUCCCUUAGUUCUCUCCCAACUCCCCCCAACUCCUCCCCCCAAAUGUCCUUUUUGAUUAGACUUAAAGUUGUUCUCAGUCACCGGAGUCAGAUUCCGGGUCAGAUUUUUACACACUUGACGCCGUACAUAUUUUCGGAGUGUAUGUAGCCAACCGCCAUUCACGUGUAGCCCUACUAUUAUUACUACUACUACAAACUACUAUAUACUAUAUUCUAUUCACCCCCUCCCCCUUCCCCAUCACCCAUUUUUAUUUUUUUCUAUAUAUUUUUUUUUUUUUGAGUUCCAAGGCGAGGCAGGCAGGCGGGCCGAUGGCCUUCACCCUUCUCCUUUUAUUUGGUGUCAGUGGAAGGUGGAGAGAGUUGGUUUAGUCGGAGAAGGAGCGAAGGAUCACCUGGCGGAUCACCAGCCUGCCCUUGUUCUUAAAAAUGUGGUUUUAAAAAAUCAGAAAAUCAAAAAAAAAAAAAGCAUCAGGAUUAGUUUCUGCUAGCUCUUUUUUUUUUAUUUUUAGGCUAAAGUUGCGCGCGUGCGUGUGUGUGCGAUUGUUUUGAUGCAUUAAAAAUAAUGAAUUAUUUUUUUCUUUAAUUUAAAAAACAAACUCCUACUUCCCGUAACCGAAGAGUUGAAUUAAGCAGAGAACCUUGUAACAAAAUUAGGCUUAAGUGUUUUAUUGAGCAGAGCAAGAAAAAAAAUAUGUGGAAUGAUUGAAA